CAAGGAAUUCCAUGAAUCUAUACGCGGCUAAUACUAUUAGUCUAAGAUGAAUUUAUCUCAAAUUCAAACCUAAGACCUAGUAAUUUCCAAACCAUAUGAGAGUAACCCAAUUACCAUUUCACCACAUAUAUGCUAUCCAGCUCCUUCUACUAAAGGUAAAGUGCACCUUUGAAGUCAAGAUUGUGGAUAUAAUAAUGAUAUUUAUAAUAUAUACCCAAGUACUUGUAUGAUUCUUCAUCUACCUAAUCAUAGUAUAAUAAUAUGCAUCGAAAGACAAAAAAGGAUGGCUCUUAGGUCUCUAUCUGCCCCUUUAAAUCAGCUUCCUCCUGGAUCUCACUAUCCUAGUAAUUCAUCACAAAUUGAAUUGCCUUCCUUGUACAAGUUUGUGUUUCAGCUAAUUAAUUUCCACGAUGAUGAUGGGUUUUCUGAAGAAGUUGAUGGCAGCAGUACUGGUGGGAGUAUUCCUUCUCGUGGGUGUUUUCCCAACAACUUCUGCCUUACUUUCUUCCGGCCUGAAAGGAGGCAGGAAGAGUUUAUGGCUUGUGCAGGGUAGAGAUGGCUCCAUGAAAAUGCUUCCCAGGGAAAAAGAAGGUGGCAGCUCUGAAAGGGUGAACAUUGAUAGUAAUCAAUUACUGUUUUCAUUUGGAGGAGGGAUACGAAGAAAAUUCAUUCCGCCACCACCCUCUCCCAUGAGAAGUCGACAAUCAUCAUGGCGCAUGCCUGCACCUCGAGCACCUCCGCCGCAGAUUCCCUCCUGAUUAUCAUCAUCUAAUUAUACAUGCUUCUGGUCCCUUUGUUCUGCGUUUAUAUAUGCAUUCUCAGAAGGACAUGUUCAUGUUCAAAUUACGUGGUGCAUCUUAGGCAAGCCUUGUACUCUCCUCUCCUGCUUUUGUUUUGUGUUUGUUGAUCAGCCAAAUGUUUUAGGUCUUAUCAGUUUAAAUUCUGCACUUGUCUGAUUAUUAUAUGUGAUGUGAGCUUUGUUACUCAUCAUUUUUACA